AGCACAGAGCCUGAUGUGGGAAUCGAACUCACAAACCAUGAGAUCGUGACCUUGAGCUGAAGUCAGACACUUAACUGAGCCACCCGGGGGUUCCUUAAUGUUAUAAUUUUAAAGACCCAUAGAACCUUUUCAGAUUGUGCUUUGAAAUUAUCUCAGCCAUGUAAUCAUUUUCAAAAGAGAGAAAACAAGUGGUCUAAAAAUCAUAUUCUAUCUAGAAUUUGCAACACAGAGUACUUUUCCAGUGUUGCCCAAGUCUAGCUCGCUAGUUCUUUUCAUGCUGCAUUAUCCAAUUUUUUGUAACAAAUGAUUACUUCUGAUAUUUUUUCUGAAUAAAAGAACUUUGAUCCAAAAAGGAGAUAUUCUUGAUCUGGAAUGAUCUUAUAAUCUUUACUCUUGCUGAGAAGAAGUAUAUGACAUUGAGUGGGCAAUCAGUUCUAAAGACUGUUUUGUAAAUCAGGAAUCAUUGAAAAAAUAUUUUUAAAAAUGUUGACUUUACCAUCAUGAACAGUGAGUCACAGUCUGUUCAGAGAAACAUAUUUUUGCUUCAGAUAUGAUUAAUAAUAAGGAACAGGAUUAAAGCUUUUGUAAAAAGCAAAUUAGUGAAGACAGUACCAUACUAUUUAUAAUGUUCCAAGAUGUAAGAAAAAAUACACAUUUAUUUCCAUACCUAACAUAGAUACUCUGUUGGUAAUAACAACAGAGAUGAUCAGUGUGAGAAGACGGUGUUCAUUGAACACCCAUUGAAACAAGGGUAGGAAUAAAGUCAGAAUAUCAUGGAACAAUUCUAUAUAAAAGAUUAUUGGUCUGCAUUAAACACAAAUACUUCUAUUUCCACUUGGAUCCUUAGGCAGAUCUAAUGCCUAAAUACUAGUUUUCUUUGUGCGUGGCUUUUCCCCAUCCAUUUUCCAUUUGAAAGUAAUUAUUCAGGAUGCCCCCCCAUAGUAGAAAAUCUCCCCAAACUCAACUGUUUAUAGCCUAGUGUUGAAUGGAAGCCUUACCAAUAACAUAAACAGUCAAUUAACAAAUAUAUUUUAUGUUACAUGUACUAUGUACUACAUUCUUACAGUAAAGUAAACUAAGGGAAAUGUUACUAAGAAAAUCAUAAGGAAUAGAAAAUACACUUACAGUACUGUACUGUAAAAAUCCACAUUUAAGUGGAUCUGUGUGGCUCAAAACUGUGCCAUUCAAGAGCCAACUUUAUAGUGUUUUUUUUUUCUUGGUCAAUCUCCUAAGAAUAAAAGGCACUAAUUUCUGUAAAAGAACCAUCAGAUUUUAUAGAACUUAAUAAAGAUAGGUAGAAGAAAUAUCGGUUUUAUCACUACUGUUUUAAUAUAUUUUCCUGAUAAGUUUGAACACACCUGUAUACCAUGCAGCUAAAAUUUUUUAUAGUGAAUUCUAGAGGUGACAUGAAAUUGUGGCUGCAUGGACCAUAUACCAAGAUUCCCAUGAUCUCAUUUCAAAAAGAUCUGUACACAAGACAGAGUAUCCAUUGCCGUCAUGAUGAAGAUAGCAAAGAUGAUACUAUUUUUUGUUUAUACUCAGGAUGGUCCCUGUGUUCAAAUAAAGAAAGAUUUCUUGGUGUCAGAGAAGGAAAGCCUUCCGAACGUGAGCAUUUUUGCUUAGCAUUUCUGUAAGCAGAUCACGAGUGGAAAAGCGAGGAUUUGGGCUUAGGCAGACACGGCUCCAAGCCACCUAGCUGGCUAUGCCAGUGCAGAGCCAUAUGGUCCCUUCCGGACUUUCUGUGAGUUGUGCCUAGUUUGUAUGGCGACUUGGAGGUAGGAAGAGGAAGCCAGCUCGGAGUCUAAGAACACGCAUGCUGCAUUGUGGCUUCUUGAGUCAAAUGCCGUGUGUUCUCAAACUUCAGAAAGAACUUCCUGAACCCAGAGACCAAGCAAUAAUAGCUCUGUCAGAUACUACCUAGGAACAGAGGUGUAAAUGAAAGAAUUCUGCACAGCAAAAUAAGGAAUCAAAGUAACAAAUAUCGUCUCUCCAUGGGGUCGGAAUACCAGGACUAGUGGGCGGUAUGUAUUUUCAGCUUCAGGGCUGAGGUGGCCAACCUUGUUUCAAGACAGAGGACCCAUAAGACACAUGCACCCAAGCUAAGAUUCUCAGCUUCCUAUAAUCGGGGUGAGCAACAGGGUUGUGAAGAACAACGGUACCAAGGGACACAACUAUGGAUCUUCAACGGAGAGAUCCAGCCAUCUACCUGGGCCAGUCGGGGCCAAUGCCUCUCCCUCAGGAGGCACAGAGCAAUCUGCAGAAUUUCCUAAAGGGGGAGCCAGUUAUUCUUGGGGUGAGCCAGAUCAUGAUUGGCCUAAUGAAUAUUUGCCUGUGGAUCAUGGUAAAGGUCUUUCUUUCAUUCCACAAACUACAUCUAUUCCUAGAGAACACGGUAUAUACCUUCAUUUUCCUUUUGGGACCAAUCUUUUUAAUUUUAUCUGGAACUAUGUCUAUUGCGUCUGGAAAGAAAACAACAAAAAAAAUGAUCUGUAGCAGCCUUGGAACGAACACGCUGGCUGCCAUAUUGGCUGGAGUGUCGCUAAUAAUCCUUGCAAUCAGAACAGAAGUCUCCAGUCACUACUUAUCAGAAACAGUUUUAGCUCGUUAUUUCUUAAUUGGGAUUAUGAUUAUGAAACUGAUCCUCAUAAUCCUGGGACUCAUCGUCUCGGUGUUGCUGUCUGCAUUUGGAUGCAGUGCUGUCUGCUGUGAUGUGACCUCAGUGGUUGUCGAUUUAUCCUCCAAUGACUGUGGAGUUGCCGUAGCCUCUCUUUAUCAUUAUUAUGAUGACGUGGCUUUCCAACAUGCUUAGUUGUUGGAGAUACCAACUUUUGAACCAUUCCUGGACUUCCUCUAAUUGUAUCAUUAAAAGUAAAUCAGUAAUCAUGUAGUAAAUAGAGUCUUAAGUGUCUGGGGGGGGGGGGGGGAUCCAAGGUCAUAGAUUUGCUGAUGUUGACUCUGCUGGGGCCCCCUACUCUAUCCUCAAUUAUGAUUCCAUUUGGACAUGAUCAAUGAAGUAUGUGAUCCCUCCACAUUGGCACUGGCAUCGUCUCAUACCGUUGGCGGUAGGAAGAAAAGGAACACACCAGAAAGGUUGUAGGUAUUUGGGGAUUCUGGUCUGGCCUUGGAGGAUGUGUGCCAGAACAGCUGAUCCCCACAAUUUCUGAGAAGCCCUUCACUUUGGACUAUAAUGCUAAUGCUAUACUGGGAGCUGUGCAAUAGGCCAGCUAGGUAGAUCAUGUGCUUCCUGACACUUUCCCUAAAAUGUACAAUUUUCUAUGACAUAAAUGAAUUAAAAUAAACCCUGCUUUUAUCCUU